ACUAAGAUCCCACCUGCCUCGGGGCAACUAAACCUGCAUGCUGCAACUAGAGAGUCUGUGCGUGACAAUGAAAGAUCAUGCAUGCCGCAGACCUGACACAGCUAAAUAUAUAAGUAAAAAGAACUGAAGGGGAAAACUUUGUUGAGUUUUACCAGAUAUUUACCACAUGUGUUGCCUUCCUCCAUUCCUGAAGCUUCAGGCUUCUCUCUGCUAUGUUAAAUUGCUUUUAGAGCAGGUCUGCUUGUGGCCAGUUGUCUUAAGUUUCUUUUAUCUGAAAAUGUCUCUAUUGUGCCUCCCUUUCUGAAGAGUCUUCUCCCUGUUGCAGAAUGCGGGCCUGAGGCUCUUUCCUUUCAGUAUGUUAAGGAAGUCCCUGCCUCUGGUUCCGUGGUUCUGGGGAGAGUCCCGAAGGCCUUCAGGUUGCUGUUCUCUUGUGGGAAAUGCGUACCUUUUUAUCUGCUGUUUUUGUAACAUUCUUCCUUUGUCAUCCGUUUUCAGCAAUUUGAUUAUGCUCUCGGCAUAGAUUUCUUUUGAGUUUAUUCUGCUUGAAGUUUGUUGGACUUCUUGAGUGUGUAAGUUUAUAUUUUCCACUACCCUUGGGAAGUGUUCAGCUGUUAUUUCUUCUGAGUUGUUUUUCAGCACCACACGGUCUUCUUUCCUCUGGGACUCCGGUGAUACAGAUGGCCAACUUCUUUUGUUCUGCAUUCCCAGAAGCUCUGUUCAUUCUUUUUUCCAUCUUCUUUCUGUUGUUCACAUUAGAUCUUUUGUACUGCUGUAUAUUUUCACUGUUGUGUCUCUUUCCUCUCUCAUCUCCAUUCUGAUACUGAGCCCAUAAGGUGGGUUUCUAUUUGUUAUUAUAUUUUUUUAUUUUCUAAUUUCCACUUGGCUGUGACUUUGUUUCCUAUGCCAACCCGGUUAGGACAGCAGGCUCCACUCAUGUAGUAGGAGCACCCGCAGCUCAGGCCACUGGGGGUUCCAGUGGUCACCUCAGACUGGGCUUCUUUGGAUUAUUUUUGCCCUAAUUUUGGUCAGAUUUUCCUGCUUCUUUGUGUGGUAGAUAAUUCCGGAUUGUCAUCUGAAUCCUUUGAAUAUUAUGAGACCCUGUGGAGGAUGGAGCAUUUUGUUAUAGCAAGAAGUGGACCUGGGCUAUGGGUCUGAGCCCCUCCUGUGGGCGGAUGUGGUAUUGAGUCCUCUCAGCCUUCAGACUGUGCCGGGGUCUCUGUCCCUCAGGUGCCAUCCGAGGCUGGUCUGAGACCUGGGCAGUGGUCGACCCUGGAGGUUAGUCCUCGAAAGCUUUGGCUGACCAUUUCGGGCCAGGUCUGCACACAGACAGGCCCGGGGCCCUGGCGUCUCUUAUCCGCUGAGCCAUGGCCACCCCCGAUGUGAGUGUCCACAUGGAGGAGGUGGUGGUGGUGACGACGCCUGACACAGCGGCGGAUGGCAGUGGUGUGGAGGAGGUGAAGACUGUGCUGGUCACCACCAACCUUGCCCCGCACGGUGACCUGACAGAGGACAACAUGGAGACGGAAAAUGCCGCGGCGGCUGCUGCAGCGGCGUUCACAGCAUCCUCGCAGCUCAAGGAGGCCGUGUUAGUGAAGAUGGCUGAAGAAGAGGAGAGCCUGGAGGCAGAGAUCGUGUACCCCAUCACCUGCGGGGACAGCAGGGCCAACCUGAUCUGGAGGAAGUUUGUAUGCCCCGGUAUCAAUGUGAAGUGUGUGCAGUACGAUGAGCACGUCAUCAGCCCAAAGGAGUUUGUGCACCUGGCCGGCAAGUCCACCCUGAAGGACUGGAAGCGAGCCAUCCGGAUGAACGGCAUCAUGCUUAGGAAGAUCAUGGACUCUGGGGAGCUGGACUUCUACCAGCAUGACAGGGUCUGCUCCAACACCUGCCGCAGCACCAAGAUCGACCUCUCUGGGGCGCGCGCGUCCCUGGGCAGUCCCACGCCCACCGAGUACAUCCCGCUCACGCCGGCCACCGCUGAUGUGAAUGGGGCUCCUGCAACCAUCACCAUCGAGACCUGCGAGGACCCAGGGGACUGGACCACAGCCGUUGGAGAUGAUACAUUCGCCUUCUGGCGGGGGCUGAAGGACGCAGGCCUGCUGGAUGAGGUCAUACAAGAGUUCCACCAGGAGCUGGUGGAAACCAUGAAGGGCCUGCAGCAGCGGGUGCAGGACCCGCCCCUGCAGCUCCGAGACGCCGUCCUCCUCAACAACAUUGUACAAAACUUCGGCAUGCUGGACCUGGUGAAGAAGGUGCUGGCCAGCCACAAGUGUCAGAUGGACCGUUCUCGGGAGCAGUAUGCCCGUGACCUGGCAGCCCUGGAGCAGCAGUGUGACGAGCACCGCCGGCGGGCCAAAGAGCUCAAGCACAAGUCACAACACCUCAGCAAUGUGCUUAUGACGCUCACGCCGGUCUCCCUGCCGCCCCCUGUCAAGCGGCCGCGGCUCGCGAGGGCCACGUCCGGGCCGGCCGCCAUUGCCUCGCAGGUGCUCGCCCAGUCUGCCCAGAUCGCCCUGACCCCCGGCGUGCCCGUCUCCCAGCUCACCAGUGUGCCGCUGGGCAAAGUGGUGUCCACCCUGCCCUCCCCCGUGCUGGGCAAGGCUGCGCCCCAGGCCGCUCCAGCCAGCUCCCCCGCCUCGCCGCUGCUUGGCGGCUACACGGUGCUGGCCUCCUCCGGCACCACCUUCCCCAACACGGUGGAGAUCCACCCGGACGCGUCCAGCCUCACGGUCCUGAGCACGGCCGCCAUGCAGGACGGCAGCACUGUGGUCAAGGUGGUGAGCCCAUUGCAGCUGCUCACCCUGCCCGGCCUGGGCCCCACCCUACAGAACGUGGCCCAGGUGUCGCCCGGGGGCAGCACCAUCGUGACGGUGCCCACGGGGACUGUCGAGAGUGCCGUGGCUGCCCCGGGACCUGAGGAGCACACAGCCACCAUUGAGGUGGCCACCAUGGCGGAGGGCCAUGAGCACAAGUAGCAGCCAGUGGAAGGCGAGGCCCCAUGUGGGCACUGGGCUGGCCGCCUCUCCUCAGGCUGCAGGGGCACAGCGCCGGUGCCCACGGGCCACGCGGGGCUGCUGAACCAAAGAGAGGAAACGCCAAAACAGACGGAGAAGAGAGGAGAGGCAAGGGACGUGGAAGCAGCCUGGGAUGUGGGGCUCUGAGCUCUGAACCUCCUCCCCUGUUUUCCUGGGAAAUAUAUUUUUCCAUCUGUUGCUUAUUAAUACUGUUUACACGUGGGGCCUUGGUGAGGAGCCAGGUGGGGGGCCAGGGGUCCAAUGCAGCUGGCGGCAGGGGCAGGGCAGGGGCAGGGCCUCGGCCCAUAGCUGGGGAGCCCGUUACUAACACGUGUCUUGGGAACUGUCCCCAAGUGUGGAAACCCAUGGAUCCUAUGGAUUUGGUUUCUUCCCACAGUUUUCUGUAGGUUUAGUGUGGCCAGCACUCUGCUCUCCUGUCUCUGGCAUAAGCAUCAGUGGUGCUGCAGGUCUGCACGUGGCUCAGGGGCCUCCAGGGCCCCCGGGGGUUGGGGUGCAGGCCCUGGGACACCCGCCUGGCCACAGGGACCCAGGGGUCCAAGCAGCACAGGCCAGAACACCCCCCCCAAUCCCUGCCCACAGAUGCUCAGGGGCCAUUGCACAUGCUCUGUGGGUGUUUCUAAGUGAACCCCUUAGUAGGCUCCAACAAAAAGUCACGUUUAUCGUGUUUUCAACCUAAAUGAGGCAGAGUGCCUGGGCUCCCUGAUCUGCUCUGGUUUCAGGAGUGUCUUCUACACAGGGAUGGUUGGGAUGGCCCUGGGGGCAAGAGGCAGGUGUGCCCUGUGACUUUUCCUGGGGAGGACACAUGGAGAGAACGACCAGGGUCACUCCACGUCCAGUGGGGACAUGCCUCGGGUUGGGGCUCAUGGUCUGAUGUUCAACUCCGGGCUCAGCUCCAUGCUGGUGGGCCCCCCCAGAGGUGGGCUGCACCCCACUGGCUGACACUGGUGCCCCAAGGCAUCUGGGACCAGCAUGGAUGAGGUGGCACCCAGGUGCUUGUGGGGAGGGUGUCCGUGGGCUGGCCGGCCCUCUGCUUUUCUGGUCUUGGACUUGGAAAGACCAGGGAGGGGCUGCUCUGCAGGCCUUGAGCCACUGCAGGUGGGGAUACCCACGGCCACCCUGGGCCUCCUGUCCAUCUGACACCUGUGGAGACCCAGAGAGAAGCCCCUGCCCGCCUUGCACUUUGAAGGGAACUGGGCUCCGUCCAUUCGUCCUUCCGUCCGUCAGGUCCCCUGGACCCACCUCAGCGUCCUCACUGAGGCUGUUUUGUUUCUGUCAUGUCUGGUCGUCUGCCGUUUCGGGCGUGCUGGUUUCAGCACAGUGUCACUUCCUUGUUUGUUAGACGCUCCUCUUCCAGGCGCGUCUCUGAUACACCCAGUUGAGCCUAUGGACGGGGCACCUCAGCCAGUCCCGCGUCCGGCUCAGAUCAUAUCAGAACGUGUUGCUAGUGAAACUGGCAUCUUGUGCUUGGAACCUUGACCAUUCAGACCUGCUACGCCCUGAAAAGCUGCCUCUGCCCGCCGGCCAUGGGGCACUGGGUGGAAAGUUUGUUUCAGAGCCAUAUAGACAGAACCGUGAUGGCUGCUCCCAGACACGGUGCCUGGGGGCGGAGCUCCAGGUGUGGGAAGGGGCCCACUGUCCUCCAGGAACCUUCAGCCCAGUGUGGGGAUCGGGCCAUCUCGCUGUCAGCGCCCCACCCUUCCCCCCAUCAGGCAUGCGGGGGGCUGUUCCGGGCUCGGGCUCCGGGAGGCAGGAUUGGAUCUGGGGGACUCGGAGGCAGCCUGGUCAAGGGACACCUCUGAGUUCUACUUUGUACGUUGUUUUGCAAGUAUCUGCUUGGUACUUUGAUUUCAAAUAAAAACAUUUUUCAUAAA